UUGAAAUUUGAGCCUCUCAGCAAGCCUCUCGACAGGGACAGCUUUACGCAAACAUUAUUGGAGCUCUGACCAUGGCAACUUCCGUUGUGCUGAACACUGGUGCAGAUAUGCCGAUCGUGGGCCUGGGAACAUGGAGGGCCCUUCCAGGGCAGGUGGCUGAGGCUGUGAAGACAGCUAUUGAGGUGGGUUACCGUCACAUCGAUGGGGCCUACGUCUAUCAGAACGAGGAUGAAGUCGGUGUUGGCAUUCAUUCAAUGAUCAAGGAAGGGGUGGUGAAGAGAGAAGACCUCUUCAUUGUCAGUAAGCUGUGGUGCACCUUCCAUGCCAAGUCCAUGGUGAAGGCAGCCUGCCAGAAGACCCUGAGCGACCUGAAACUAGACUACCUGGAUCUCUACCUCAUGCACUUUCCCAUGGGCUUCCAGGCUGGAGAUAACCUGUUUCCUACGGGCGAUGACGGGAAAGUCAUCUCUGACAACACCAGCUUCUUGGACACUUGGGAGGGCAUGGAGGAGCUGGUAGAUGCAGGGAUGGUCAAGGCCAUUGGAAUCUCCAACUUCAACCACGAGCAAAUCGAAGCCUUGCUGAACAAGCCGAGUCUAAAGUACAAACCUGUCAACAAUCAGAUUGAGAGCCACCCCUACCUGACCCAGGAGAAACUGAUCAACUACUGCCACUCCAAAGGCAUCUCUGUGACUGCAUACAGCCCCCUGGGCUCCCCGGAUAGACCAUGGGCAAAACCAGGAGAGCCAUCUCUGCUGGAGGACCCAAAGAUCAAGGCCAUAGCUGAUAAAUACAACAAGACAACAGCACAGGUCCUGAUCCGCUUUCACGUUCAAAGGAAUGUGGUCGUCAUUCCCAAGUCUGCCUCUCCCCAGCGCAUCAAGGAGAACUUCCAGGUCUUUGACUUCAAGCUGAGUGAGGAGGACAUGAAGACCAUCCUGAGUUUCAACAGGAACUGGAGAGCCUGUUCAAUGGAGUGGGGAGCAACCCACAAAGACUUCCCAUUGAAUGCUGAGUAUUAAGGCCAAUGUAGGACAGGGGAGGUCAGCGGCAUCAAGAUGAUCUCGUCUCUGCAGCCGAGCAUACUUCCAGUCACUGACGCUGUAAAUUGACAGAGGGUUGUAGAGGAACAGUAGGAGGAGGACCACUAGCUUCAAAAGCAUUUUCAAUCGCUGUUCAAUGUGCAUUUGUGUCCAAUACCACAAAGAAUAGUGUAAUGUAACGGUCGUCUUCAUUUCAGUAAUGUCUCAUGUAGCUACUACACAGCAAGCUGCACAUGUAAACAUAUGCCUUUCCAGCAUCUCUCAAAGCCUCUAUUCAUUCUCAUCUUUUCAAUAAGGAAUAACUCAACUAUAUUUUUCAUUAUCUGAAUUGCACUUUUUACAAUUUACAAUAUGCAUUGUUUUACCCAUCUCACAUAUGUACAACGUAAGUGAUGGAAGGACAGAAAGCCAUUGUAAUGUUGCACUCCAUUGUAAGUAGGUUAAGUAAGACCUACAGAAGGAAGUGACAAGUAUUUUUAAUCAAAGAAAAACAUUGAUUUCUUCUUUUAUAUCUUGCUGCAAUAAACGUAUACAUUUAUCACACUUCUCUAC